GCAGUUUAGGGCGCUUAUAGAGAGUUCGAGCAGCGGCUCCCGCAGCCUGUGGCUAGUGCCAGCUCUCUCCGGUACCUUCCCGGUGUCGGGGAGUCUCCAGAGUUUUAUUUUAUUUUGUUUACCCCCCUAAACUGCUAUUCAAAUGUCUAAUCCUCCUAAUAACCUGAUCGCCCUCUCCUCCCCUUCAGCCUGCCUCCGCCCUUGCUCCUUCCUCCCUCCCUUUCUCCUUCCCCGUUCCUUGGUCGCUGCUGAAGGGAACAUCGGUAGCUGCACGGGGGCAGAGGGUGUCGAAGCCUGGGGAGUGGGGUCGGGGAUCGAGGUGAUGAUCCCUAGGAUUUUUGUCUGCCCUCUGCACAGAGAAGUCCAGCCGCCUCCGCAGAGCCGGUCUCAUCCCCAGGCAUCUCGUUCCCAAAUUAAACGUCAACAGGGGAAACUCAGGCGGACACCCCUCCUCUCCCGGGCCCCUCCCGGCUCCCCCGCCCCAUGUCCGCUGGGGAGGCUGCCUGGUGCGGAGGCGGCGGCGGCAGCCGUGGCCGAGGCGAUCUGUGGGUAACCGCGUCUGCGGGAGAUUUUACCAUCCCUCCUCUGGGACUUGGGGAGAAAGAACCAGCAGCUCCCCAACCCCUCCCCCUCCGCCACCAUUUCGGACACCCCGCAGGGACGCGUUUUGGAGUUCCCUCUGACUUCCAGGAAGGACGCGAGCCCCUCUGUGACUCCAGCUCAGGCGGCCACCUGUCUUUGCCGUGCUGACCCUUCUUCCAUGACCCUGCGGUGCCUCGAGCCCUCCGGGAAUGGCGCGGAUGGGACGCGGAGCCAGUGGGGGACCGCUGGGUCAGCCGAGGAACCAGCCCCCGAGGCAGCACGCCUGGCGAAGGCCCUGCGUGAGCUGGGUCAAACAGGAUGGUACUGGGGAAGUAUGACUGUUAAUGAAGCCAAAGAGAAAUUAAAAGAGGCGCCAGAAGGAACUUUCUUGAUUAGAGAUAGUUCGCAUUCAGACUACCUACUAACAAUAUCUGUUAAAACGUCAGCUGGACCAACUAAUCUGCGAAUUGAGUACCAAGAUGGGAAAUUCAGAUUGGAUUCUAUCAUAUGUGUCAAGUCCAAGCUUAAGCAAUUUGACAGUGUGGUUCAUCUGAUUGACUACUAUGUUCAGAUGUGCAAGGAUAAGCGGUCGGGCCCAGAAGCCCCCCGGAAUGGGACUGUUCACCUCUAUCUGACCAAACCGCUCUACACAUCUGCACCAUCUCUUCAGCAUCUCUGUCGACUCACCAUUAACAAAUGUACCGGUACCGUCUGGGGACUGCCUUUACCAACAAGACUAAAAGAUUACUUGGAAGAAUAUAAAUUCCAGGUAUAAGUGUUUCUGUUUUUCUAAACAUCAUCAUAUAGAGUAUCUCCAAAUGCAGCUAUGUAAGACAACACCAAAACUUGAGCGACUGGAUAACUGCACAGAAUUCUAAAAACAGCUGAAGUCAACCUAAUUUAAAUGUGUAAAGAGGUAGCUAGGUAUUUAAAAUUCCCCUAGAUCUUUUCACCUGAGUGAUGCUUCCUUUCCUAAGGCUGACCAAGAUCAGUUGAUCCUUUUAACUAAGAAAUAAAAUGCCCCAAGAAAAGGCUGAGGGAGCAUUUUAUCAGAAUGCCUUGUCUUUCUGAAGUUCCUUUGCGUUAGGUCCAAGCUCCAAGCGCCAGUAACAAAGAGCUCCAGUGGAGUACUGAAGAAGCAAAAGGAACCAAGCUGAUGCAGGCUUACCUUGAGUUUAUAUGCCUGAUGAUCAGUAUCUUUAAGGACAUUUUAUAUGUUGCAUUCUGAUGUACGUAGUUUUGUCGAACACAUCAUGCUUGUGAGUAUUUAUCCCUCAUUUUAUGCAAUUAACCAAAUCAACCAAAAAAAAAAAAGUGACCAUGAGAUCCUGUAUUUGUCUUUUUACUACAGGUAUGAACUCUCCUGUGAAUGAGUAUUGUAGUAACCCAUUUCAAGGGAGCCUUAUUUCAGAAAUAUUUCAAACUGGUGCAAAUGGAAAAGACUUUAUCUUUUCCUUUAAGGCUAAAGACAAGAAUGUCAUGCUCUACAGGUGCAACUCAAUCUCUGUUAAUAAAAACUAGUGUAGAUAUAGACAUUUUACCCUUUGAAGUAGAUGUGCCCCAAACUGUUGCCAUUGAUUUUUUUGGAAAUGGCUUUAGAAAUUUCCCAGUCCUUGAAUUGUCUAACCACGGACAUCAGCAGUUGUCUCCCUUCUACUGUGUAGAAUACCUUGACUUAAUUUUCUUCCAGAUAUAGGGGGAUACCUGCCUGUUUUUCAAAGUGUUUAUUUACUGCUGUUACUAUUUGAUUAGAAUGUAUUAAAUAAAGAAAAAACUGACUUUU